AUGACUUCGAUUGGAACUGGUUAUGAUCUUUCUGUGUCCACUUACUCACCAGACGGUCGCGUUUUUCAAGUAGAAUAUGCUGCAAAAGCUGUGGACAAUAGCGGAACUGCGAUUGGCUUACGGGUCAAAGACGGUGUUGUCUUGGCUGUUGAAAAACUUGUACAAUCAAAAUUGCUAGUUCCGCGAUCAAACCGUC